AUGGACCCUAAGACACGACAAGCACUGAAUGAGUUGCUGGUCAUGCAUAAAGAUGCUUUUUCUUGGAGACACGAGGACGUGUUAGGGAUAGAAAAUGUUGUCGUUGAGCAUCGCCUUUGUGUCGACCUAGGACAUGCCCUUGGGCUGAAAAACGCUGGUGCUACCAACCAGAGAUUCAGGAACUACAUGUCCAAGAAGCAGAUUGGCCACAAUAUGGAGGUUUAUGUGGACAAUCUGUUGGUCAAAAGUAAAGAACUAAAACACCACUUGGCCGACUUGAGGGAAGCUUUUGUCGUACUACGGCAAUAUGGAAUGAAUUUGAACCUGAUGAACUGUGCUUUUGGAGUCAACUUAAGCAAAUUCUUUGAGCUCAAAGGCGUUGAAGAGUUCAUUAGGAAGUUUGAAAAAUGCCAAUUGUUUGAACCAGUACCGCAUUGCCUGCCGGAGGAACUGACGUCAAUUAUGUCGCCCUGA